GGGAAGAAAAGCAGAAACGACAAAUCCAGCGGGCCCUCAUCAUCGGAGGACUCGGAGGGGAGUAGUGAUGACUCUAGUACAUCCUCCACCUCCAGCAGCGGUGGUUCAGGCUCUGACUCGUCAGGGGAAGGAGUGCGCGAUGGGAGAAAGCGACCGUUCGCAGAGGAUUUAAAGCACGCGCAGCCGGAGGAAGAAUUAGUACGAGUGAUUUCUAACCCUCCGGAUGACUUGAAGUUCGUGCAAAGCUUUUCUCCGCCGAGAAGGAAACCUGCAGCAUCUACUUCGCAGACCGCCUACGGUAGUCUUGCCGGGAAGAAUUUCACUUCAGGCGGUUCGAAGCCAUCCAACCUGUUUUCGACAAGAAAUACCGGCACGGGACAAGCAUCUUCAAGGGGGUCACUUUCAAGUUCGAACUCAAAAAAGGAUUCUCUUUCAUCACCUUCAGCUGUUUCCAAGAAAAGCUGGCCGUCGAGGGCAAAGAAGAGUUUCUUCACUUCAUCAGUGUUUUCCUCGUCGAAAAAUAAACCGAAACUCGUGACGGAGCUCGUCGAGGGUGUCAUGUCCGCGGAUAACGCAUUUACCCCACGAAACUCGAAGUCAGCGAAAGCUGAUGCGAAGAGGGCCUUCAAGAUGAUCAAGCCAGACGGUGGCGCUCGUAGCAGAGAUGAUGUUGAUGAAAUAAACGAGGUCACUAUUAAGAACAGCAGUGAAGAAGAAGAAUUCUUGAAUCCAGCAAGAACGCCCGGGCCCGCCACGACUCUGGUCAAAUCGGAACAACAGUUUAAAGAGCCCUCUACGUCGCUUCCGGUUGGUUUGCGAAGCCGAGCAGGGGUGGACCACAUCCCCGUCUCGCAACACGAAACGGAAAGUUACGCAACCAGGAACAACUUGAGCAAGCGAGACGCAGCGCGCAUGCUGAUGGAUGAACAAAC